GUUACUGUUUCUGUUUACAGUCAGCACGAGUAUCGUCGCGGCUAGCAGCGUCACUUAUAGUGAAGUAAAACAAAAUGACGGAAACACAGAACGGAGCGAUGUUUGACGCCAUCUCGGUGCACAAUUUCUCGGAGAAGAUUCUGGAGCAGGCCGUACACUUUCACGUGAUGAAGCUCAGCGGCGGGUUUUUCCUCUGGGUCGGUUCGACGCCGGUGUUGUCCAACCUGGCGGUCUCAAUGAGCAGCAAAUACGAUUCAAUGCCAUUAUCCACAUUAGUCAUGGGGGACCCGUCCAACACUGCUCCAAAUUCUUUGUCACAGAGAUUAGCAAAGAAGACCAAAAAGCAAGUAUUUGUGAGUUACAGUCUACCAAUGACAGACUCUAACCUCGGUCUGUUGGUGGAGAACAGGAUCAAAAAGGAGCUGGAGCUUCACCCUGAGCACUUUUGAGCUUGUUUGAUUAUUGAACUGAGGACAUUUAGGAUGGAACAAACACAUGGCAAGUUCCUCCUCAUAUCUGGACUUAAAUACUCCUUCAGAUACUGUAAUCAUACUCCAACACAAUAACCACAUGGUCACAUUAAGUGUUCUUUUAUUGACAUAAUAAAUUAAGUGGUUUAUUAUCAAAACAUGUAGGCCUAUGGCUUUUUGUACAAAUGCAUCAUAUUAAAAAAAUAACACUUAGAAAACAG